AUGAAUGCUGCUGAUUCAUUUUACGAAACCUUUAACAAAUCUCUAGAGGGAUUCGCUUUACAAACCGAAAAACUAAUUAAUGUCUCAAUUAAAUUUGCAUUGAAUCUGCGUACGCAAUUCAAUCAAGCAACUGACACCUUCCAGAGUCCCAUCGAGUUCACUGAACUGCAAAUAACUCUGCUGAAGGUGUUGCUUUUGAUUUUACUGACAAAUCUAAUUUUGAUUGGAUUUGCCUGGCGAAAAUUCGGUGAAGUAAUCACCGAGAAAUUCGUUGAACCAAGCACUUUGAAAGAAAUCGAGGAACUUAAACUGUCUGUUGCGAAAUUGAAACUUCCCAAGGAACACUCGCCUAGAAUCUAA